AUGACGCUACUCUGUCCGGAGGUGAUGGCUGGGUCGCUGGGAAUGGCGGCUGUUUUGACCGACAGCAUAGUCCAGUGUGCCUUGCUGGGCAUUUCUGGAAGAGCGCUAGCCGACUUUCUGUUGUAUCCCGGCGGGGCCCUCGAAUAUGCGUCACUGUUACACGCGUGCUUCUCCAUCAGUAACCAGGUGUACAAUAUCCGCAAGAGAGAUGGCAACAGCUGGGCCGAUGUCACACGGCUAGGCCUCCAGUUGUGUGUCAGUGCCCUGUCAACAGGAGUCAGUGCGCUGCUUGUAGGUGAGCGAUACUCGAUACAGUUGACCCUCUCCGCCGUCGCUUUUGCACUGAUGAUUGGGUUGCUAGGACUGACGGAGGCGCUAUUCCAAAGGAUGCUGCUGUGGAGGGCCGCAGUAGGGCUGCAAGUCGUCAGCCUACUGUACCGUCUGAUAAUGCACUCUGUGCUGUAUGCAAAGCGUGUCCACUGGGAGCUGGAUGUCGAGUACUAUCACGUCCAGGAGUACAAUCUGUGCAUAGCCAUUUUUGUGACCUGUAGCACGCUCAUAUCCAUUUCAACGAGCAACCCUGGGGCUGCAGUCUGCGCUGUCGCAGUAUUGCUUGGCUUAACGAUUCGAAGUACGCUGAAAUGGCAGUUGGGGGCUUUUAGAAACAUGUGCAUUGGCUGCCUAGUCCUUGCUAUUGUCAAUGCCGCCCAAGUAGUCUAUAACACGGAGGUCCGACACCCUGUCCAAAAAUCGCAGCAAAGCAAAUUAAUUAAAAAUGGCACGUGA